AUGUCCAGUGCUCCCUUUUAUGAAUUAUACCGUCGAUCAAGUAUUGGCAUGGCAUUAACAGAUUCACUGGAUGAAUUGAUUCAAAGUGGACAUAUUACUCCUCAACUUGCCAUGCGUGUAUUGGUUACGUUUGACAGGAGUAUUUCAGAAGCACUUUCACAAAUUGUUAAAAAUAAAGCAACUCUUAAAGGACAUUUGCAUACAUAUCGCUUCUGUGACGAAGUAUGGACGUUUAUUGUUGAAAAUCCAAACUUUAAAUUUGACCAAGAGCUUGUCUCUGCUGAUAAAGUGAAAAUUGUUGCUUGUAAUGCCAAAAGACCUGGAGAACAAUAA